AAACCAGAAUUACAAGUUAGCAGAGAAGUUCAACCAGCGCCCGUGGAUUUAGUAGCUGCGAUGAACAGGCUCGGGGCUCGAGCUAAAGGCAGCCAUAGUUGAAAUUAGACAAUCCCGAGAAGAAAUUAGUUCUAAUUUUGCAGCAAAUUAUCAUUGUCACCAGAGGAAAGCAAGUGGAUCGAGCGACAAAAUCCGAACAAGUUGUCAAUAAUCGAUUUCUUGAGGAAUAUGGAUCUGGAGUUUCUUCUUCAACUUGCAAUCCCCUCUUGGGAAGCUGUUGCUAUACUUUUCAUUUUCUUCGUUUACUUGGCGAUUGCUGGCUCUGUUCUACCUGGAAGGAUUAUCCCAGGAGUGAUCUUGCCGGACCGCACUAGGCUUCAUUAUCGCUGCAAUGGUCUACUCUCUCUUCUGGUGCUUGUUGCACUUCUUGGGAUUGGUGUUAAGAUGAAUUACAUUUCGCCCACUGCAAUUUCAGAUAGAGGGGUGGAGCUGUUAUCCGCAACCUUCUGGUUUAGUGUCCUGGCAACAUUUUUACUCUGUGUUGCUGGCCACAGUUCAAGUAGUCAAAGUUCUUCCCUAAAGCCCUGUAUCACAGGGAACUUUAUUCACGAUUGGUGGUUUGGUAUGCAGUUGAAUCCUCACUUUUUGGGCAUUGAUCUCAAAUUUUUCUUUGUGAGAGCUGGAAUGAUGGGGUGGCUACUUAUUAACCUAUCAGUUCUUGCCAGAAGUGUUUUGGACGCCACCUUAAGCCAAUCAAUGAUUCUCUACCAGACAUUUUGUGCGUUAUAUGUCCUGGACUACUUCGUUCACGAGGAGUACAUGACCUCCACAUGGGACAUAAUUGCUGAAAGAUUAGGCUUCAUGCUGGUGUUUGGAGAUCUUGUUUGGAUUCCUUUUACAUUUAGCAUUCAGGGUUGGUGGCUUUUAACAAACAAGUCUGAGCUAACAACAGCUGCUACCAUAGCUAACUGCUCGGUCUUUUUAAUCGGAUAUCUUGUGUUUAGAGGAUCUAACAAGCAAAAACACAUGUUUAAAAAGAACAACAAAGCGCUUAUAUGGGGUAGGCCUCCCAAAGUUGUAGGAGGAAAGUUGCUUGCUUCUGGUUAUUGGGGAAUUGCUAGGCAUUGUAAUUACCUUGGAGACUUGUUGCUUGCACUUUCUUUCAGCUUACCAUGUGGGAUAAGCUCCCCAAUUCCAUACUUUUAUCCCACAUAUCUCCUCCUUCUGCUAAUAUGGAGAGAAAGACGGGAUGAAGCUCGAUGCGCUGAGAAAUAUAAAGACAUUUGGGCGGAGUAUACCAAACUCGUCCCUUGGAGAAUACUGCCUUAUGUUUAUUAGCAUAGACAGAUGUUGUUACUUGUGUGAAAUAUGAACACUCUAGUCGCCGAGAUCUUCGUCAUCUGCUUGUCUGGUGCUUCUCUUCUCUUCUUCCUGAGGACACAACUUUCAUCUGCUUCCCAUGUUCAUGGAUUGUCUGCAUUUUACAAGGUGUGUUAAGUUAUUCUUGUCUGCUUAUUGUGUCUUUAACUUGGUUAACCUGCACUUAAUUUUCUAGAUUUAGAAAUUCUUGUAACAAUGGGAAUAAAUAAUCUCUCCUUUAUCAUCAUCUCU